CAUGAUUUAUCGAUUGAAUAACAUUAUGUAAACACUUGCAUAUGUGCUGUGUGUUUUUUAAUGUUUUAUUAGAUCCAUGUUUUUGCAUUUCCUACUUUAUUUUAUGUUAUUCCUGUCUACUCAAAAUGGUCCUGUAAAAACGAUUAAGCGAAUACUUCCCGAGCCAGUUCUGGUGGACUAUGUAGACGGCAAGUUUGUAGCUGUGCCUUGCAAAUGGUGUGACUACACAUGCCCGACCGAGACAGGCGAGGACCACGUGACUAAGACUACACUACUAGACAGUGCUGCCCAGGGAGUACACAAGUUGCUAAUGUUACUGUGCCAUACGAUGAAUGAAUCGAAAUGGUUCAAAUUAUUCGUCCACCCAACACUCUGCUAUCAUUAAAGUCUUCUGGUGAAA